UUUUUUUUUUUUUUUUUUUUUUUGCUUUUCAAAAGGGGGAAAAGUUCUGUCUGUAUCAUUAUUUAUACAUUCCUGGAUGAGGAAUCCAUGGAUUAUUCGCCUAGUGGAUACCCGCAUUGUCAAACCCGAUUCAGAAUGGCAAACCCCCCCCCCUGGUUCGCUGGGACUGGCUGCGACUAUCAUCCAGUGCCUGAAAACCAAGGUAUGAUAAAUAGUACCAUACGGGACUAUUUCUGUUUGCCUAUGACGCAGUGUUUCAUUCCCUCAUCCCCAGAAUGCUGUGUAUUUUCAAAACUUCUUCCCACCGCCUUUCUCUCCCCCCCCCACACUUCUUUCUGCUUCGCCUUCAAGAUGCCCUUGAUACAUGAUAUUAUGCUCACGAUUGGUCGAGAGUAUCUUAUGCCUUGCGGCCCUGUCCCGACCGUCUGGGAAGCUUUUAAAAGGAUGCCAUGCAUCCCCCCCGAUCCCCCACCAGCCCUGACUCAAUGGAAGCCCACUUGUUAUUGCUUCCUUCAAGGACUUAGUUUAUUUCAUGAUCGUUUUACCUUUGCUCUUUUCUACAGUUCAAUAAUUGCAAAGUUAGUUUCACUCUAAAGCUUUUAAAAAAACUUCACUUUUACUGUGAAUCUAAAGAAACGGCGUUAAGCUCCUCUUUCUAAGGAGUUAGAUCUUUUGUCUUCUUACAACCUCACUUUAUGUUUUAUUGACUUCGUUAUCUCACUCAGAGAUCUGCUCAACGUUUUCACAAUAUUAAAACUGAGGUUCCUUUUGGAACUUGUCUCGCAUACCAAAGGCUUUGUGACAGUGGCAGCCCAGUGCUUCUGGAUCUGGACGGACGGUUUCCACGUCAAUCAGCUAGAGGCUUGAUAUCUGGGAUACUAGACAUUUUUUGAAUCGUCUAUAAGCUGGCUGUACAGCUGGAAGCUAUACAUCUUGCGUUUCGUGAGUCACGCUCGAAAGUCAAUAUCUGGCCCUCCAUUCUAAGAGCUGGCGGGAUGCUCGGCCGCUUGAUGUCAGCAUUCAGAGGAGGUCAUGCCGCGAAAGAUGGAGAAGACCGGUUCCCGUCACAGCAACUAUUCGUACUGGCGCUGUGUCGAAUAUGCGAACCUAUCGCGUUCAUGUCGAUUUUCCCGUAUGUUUAUCAUAUGGUUUCUUCCUUCAAAGUCACCGAUGACGAUCGCAAGAUUGCCCUGUACGCUGGAGCAGUAACUUCCGCGUUUACGUUUGCCGAAUUCACAACUGGAGUCUUAUGGGGCCGAAUGAGCGACAAUUUUGGUAGAAAGCCCGUUUUAAUCAUAGGUUUAAUUGGAACCGCUAUCAGCAUGAUCGUAUUUGGAUUUGCAUCAAGCCUCCCGGUUGCCCUACUUGCUCGUGCUCUCGGAGGGCUUCUUAACGGUAAUAUCGGCGUCUUACAAACGACAGUGGCGGAGCUUGUUACAGACAAAAAGCAUCAACCGCGAGCGUAUUCUAUCAUGCCUUUCGUGUGGUGCCUUGGCUCGAUCGUUGGACCAGCGAUGGGCGGAGCACUGGCUCAACCAUGUGACAACUACCCUCAUCUCUUCCCUCGCAAUACGAUAUUUGACCGGUACCCGUUUUUGCUUCCGAACUUGGUGUGCGUUGUUAUUCUAUGCUUUGGGAUUACCAUUGGUAUCCUGUUCUUGCAAGAGACCCAUCCGGGAAAGAAGUUCCAACGCGAUAGAGGUAUCGAGCUGGGGCGCAGGCUGAUUGGUGUACUUUACCCGAGGCCAACUCCCGUUGAAUCAUUUUGUUUGGAAUAUAAAAUUCCAAUACAAUACGAUGAAAUUCAAGUUUUAGCUGAGCAACAACAGCUGCCACCUGGAUACCGAAGCAUUGAAAGUUCUCCCCGCCUGUCUUCCGCUAGAGUGCCCGAUGGGAGUUUUAACGUUAAUGAGUCGCCUAAGAAGAGCCAGGGCAUUGUCAAAGCAUUCACGCCAAGAGUUAUUUUUGUAAUAAUAAGCUAUGGGAUCCUUGCGUACCACAGCGUUUCAUUUGAUCAGCUAAUGCCGAUUUUCUUAAGCACACCAGUCGCAGACGUCAAAGCCGAGCUCCCCUUCAAGUUUACCGGAGGGAUGGCCAUGUCAACAAAGCAGAUCGGAUUUAUACUCGCGGUCCAAGGACUUUAUUCAAUGGUGGCUCAGCUUUGGUUCUUCCCGUAUAUUGUCAGCUCUUUCGGAACCCUUUCUGCCUACCGUUUCGUCCUCUCCAUAUGGCCAGUCCUCUAUUUAGUUGUCCCUUACCUAGUACUUCUUCCUGGUGGAUUUCAGAUACCGGCUGUUUAUGCAGCGCUGAUUGCUAAGAUAACUCUGCAUGUGAUUGCCUUCCCUUCAACGAACAUAUUACUCGCCAACUCAGCCCCCUGUACAACGGUCCUGGGUUCUAUUAAUGGCGUUGCAGCUUCCACUGCAAGUCUCAGUCGCGCGUUCGGACCUACUGUAACAGGUUACUUGCAUUCGAAGGGGCUUGCAUGGGGAUACUCCGGUCUUGCCUGGUGGGCCUGCGGUAUCGUCUGCUUCGUGGGGGCCGUCGAGAGCUUUUGGAUCGCAGACGAUGAGAGAAAGGAAACCAUUGGAUCCGAAAAGGUCUGCAUAGACCAAUGCGAAGCUGGCGUCCAUGACGAGCGAGAGACAUUUCUCCCCAGAGAAGCCUUGGUGGAUCACUUGACGUCAUUACCUGUCCGAGCCCCCAGGAAUAUUUGGUCGACGAACGAGCACAUUGCUCCCUCUCGGUCAAGCCUUGAUGAUAUCGAAACUCUGAAUCUGGACUCAGAUGCCUCGGGACCGUCAUUCGCCAGAGGAGCAAAUAUUUAAGUUUUCAGUCUUUUUCUAUUCCCUUUCAGCUUUUAGAUGACUGGUUCGCCACCUUUAUGCAUUUCCCUACUAUUACUUUAUAAUACACGAAUUUCAUUGCUCUACCUCACCCUUUUGGGCAACAGGCAGCAGAGAUACCUGACUUUGUUAUCACCAUCUUGUUGUUUCUACUGCCUGCGAACCGUUUCCUUGCCUAUCUAUUUGUUUGGGUGUUCGGUCUUCGGGCGACGCACGUGUCCUGGAGUCAUUGGCGUUGAAACUAGGGCCAUAAUCUACGCGAGUGGAUCUUUUGUCAAAAAUCGUUUUUAUGACUGUCUGUUUCUAUUUUUACCCCAAUCGUCCAAAAUUUCGCCGUUUUGUUUCUUAAGAGAUACCUAAUCCUUGUUGACCAUCAGGACUGCUUAUCUAUUGUGAUAAUUUCGCUCUUUUCUGUUUUGUUUCCACCUCUCCUAGUACUAUUUACUUUUUUCACGACAGGGGCACGCAUUUCGGGUAUGGAAUAGAUGGAUGUGGAUAUGAUUUCUGAGGGCAUGAUAGGAUCUAUCGGUUGAAUUUGUUUGGUUUCCAUUGAGGGUGACAUUUUUCGUUUCUAUUCAUCUUUACUAUGUCACGGUUCAUUGUCACUACAUGAUUUAUUUUGAAUUUUCAGUACUCUUUGUUUAAUUUUCUCAAAUGCGAUACUUCCAGUGGGAUAGGUGAUACGCUGCAAUGUCAUUCGGGCAGCGUUUAGAAUAUCAAAAUAUGCUCCAUCACAAUCUCCGCUUCAUCUGUUUUUUUUGUAUGUAUUUUAUUUUUGAUUCUGCAUUUAUCACACAGGACUGGGUGGUAUACAAACGUUCCGAUUCAUACAUGACGCAUGUUCGCCUUCACCACUUGAGAGCAGCCCAGACUUCAUUCUGUUCAUGAUAAAAUUGCGGCCCAAAAGAAAUGACAUCAGCCACUAUUAACUCAUCCAACUGAGGAGUUGGUUGGAUCCCUCACCCAUACAGAUUUAAGAAAACAUAAAACGAAAGAUCUCGGACAUCACAUCCUUGCAAAGAGGGGCAAAUUUGCAAAGAGAAAAAGCCCCUCCCCCCUUUUUUUAGCACCUAUCAGCUCUCGUCCGCCUUCAAUCUCGCGGGGACUUUUUUGGAUUAUCCCCAAGCAUUCAGGAAUUUAUGGCCAGGGGUGUGGGAUGGAAGAAGACUCCGGGAAAACGGGUUGCGAUUCCGGAAGCAAAUGUCAAGUUUCAAUUGGAAUUCAUUUAUCCCUGUUCCUCGGGUUUGUUUUCUUAGUCUCCCCACCUUUGAUCUGGCUUAGAGCCGCCCUCGUCUCCUCUUUUGCCUGGUUGCAAGGAAAAUAAGAUAAAUGCAUCAUUGCGUACCUGGUGCAUUCGCCUGCAUCGUGAACAUGAGCCUGAGCACAGCAUACACCCGGGAUCCUUUCCUCCCUUUUCCCUUCGUCUUGAUUCGCUGGCUGCGUGCGUUUGCUUCUCAAUCCUAUUAUUACCAGCACAUCAUGGCAGAGGUCAGCUGGAUAGUCAUCGCGGCCAAAUGCAGCUCAGGGUGCCCAAAGCUAUUCAAAUAUGCAUGACAAAAUGCCUGCGUAUUUUACCAUACAAAUUACCUCACAAUGAGAUGUUAUCGAAAAAAUUCUUUGAAUAGUAUCCGUUGCAGAUGCGAGGAUUCCGUGCGCAGCAUAGCCAGGUGGCAUGAGAAACAGUCAUACCCUCCUCCUCUUAGCAAUAAUUGCCUGCUUAUCUAGUUUGUUUUCCUUCCCUGAACAUUUUAUUUCCCAUACAAACUUUGGUCAGUGUUGGGAAGAAAACCCUGGUUUGACCGCAGACACUGAGACAAGUAAGUAACUGGAAAAAAUAAGUAUUUUGUCACAUUUUACUUUUUAGUUAUUGUGAUUAGUUCAAUCUAUCGGAAUAUCACAUUUCACUAUCAGCAUGUCCC